CGUGAAAGAAUCGGCGUUGUUUAGUAAGAGUGCAUUGUCCGCGUCUUUGGAGGCAGAUACAUCAUUACCAUGGAAAGAGCUCUUGCGGUCCUCACCAGGAUCGAAGAUGACGUUAAGAAGCUGAAGACGACAGAUGUCAAAAAGGAGGAAGACCUUGAAUAUGAUUUGGGACUUGUGAUGGCAUCAGACCCCAACCCCCUGGACCACGGCGCCAUCCGGGCCGACCGCGAGCUGUACCUGCACCAGCUGGCGCGGGAUAACUGCCAGCUGCUCAUCAACAAGCUGUUCGAGCUGCCCAAGGAGACCAAGGACGACGUCACUGCCGUGGUGUUGCCGCCCGCUCAGAUGAGGAUACCGCGAGAGAAGCCGGUGCCGAAGCCUAAGCCGCUGAGCAAGUGGGAAGAGUACGCGAAAGCCAAGGGCAUCACGCGCAACAAGAAGAGCAAGAAAGUGUGGGAUGUUGAGCUGAAGCGCUGGGUGCCGCGCUUCGGCGCCAAGAAGGCACAGGCGGAGCGCGAGAAGAACUGGGUGAUGGAGGUGCCGGUCAACACAGACCCCAACACGGACAUGUUCGCUCAGGCGGCCGAGAAGAAACGCGAGCGCGUUGCCAAGAACGAGCUGCAGCGGCUGCGCAACAUCAAGCGCAACAUGAAGGUGCCAACGGUCGGGGUCACGCCCAAGGACGUCUCGAAGAGCAGCACGUCAGAGCUGACGGAGGCGGCGGCGCUGGCGCGGCGCAGCACGGCCUCGCUGGGUCAGUUCAGCCGCAAGCUGCCGCGCGACGCGCCGACCAAGGAGCGCGGCCGACGCCGCCAGUUCGGCCCGUCCGUGGGCGACACGCGCGGUGAAGUGCAGGGCCAGCUGGAGCUGCUGCAGACGCUGGGCCGGCGGCCGGCCGGCGGCGCCGUCGACGCCGAGAAGGCGGCCAACCGUGUCAUCCAUCAGGAGCAGCGCGAACGGGCGGCCGGGAAAGCCGACGCCAAGCCAAAGAAGGGCAAGAAGAGAUGGAUUCCCAACACAAAGAAAGGAGAAAAGCAGAAAAAGGCGAUCGCCAAGAAAGCCGGAAAGGGCAAAGCUGGGAAAGGAAAGAAGGGGAAAGGACGAUAAGGUGUUGGUGUGCGGGGUAUUUUCGGAGAUCAUGGUGUUCGUGGAAAGUGUUGUUGCAGUAUGUGCUAUUUCCCCGCCCCCGACCCCACCUCCCUGAGCACAGGGCGAGCGCCGUCGGCUGACGUGGCGUGGAUGUUGACUGCGCUCCGCCGACCCGGGCUUAUUCCACCGACCCGGCUGUGCUCCGAAGAUCUGGCCGUGCUCAGCCGACCCGGCCGUGCUCGAGGACCUAGCUGUGCUCCGAGGACCCGACCGUGCUUUGCGGACCUGGCUGUGCUCAGUGGAUCUGGCAUGCGGCGCGGUCGGCCUUAUCGCCCAUCUCUGACAAUAUCCUCAGGCCCCGGAAGGCGCGCGUGGUCGGAAGGGGGGCCACCAGCUGGAGGAGAGGAUGGCCCGGCUGGUUGCUCGAGUUCAGGUUGGAGGAGAGCCAUCAGCUGGGGAGGAGGGCCCGGCUGCCCGAGGUUAGGUCAGAGAGGGACCAUCAGCUGGGGAGGAGGGCCCGGCUGCCCGAGGUUAGGUCGGAGGGCAGCCAUCAUCUGAUGAGAAGGGCCUGGCUGCCCGAGUUGAGGUGAGCUGCGGCUGAAAUACCUGGACUGGUGACGCUGCCAACGUUUGCCCCGCAUGGUUUUGGCAGAGAUGUAGAUGGCGCCACAUGUUGAUCAUGAUCAGCUGGCCCUGCGCUGUUGUCCGGUUCGGCUUGUGAAUACAUCCAUGAGUCUUA